AGAAGGCGGAAGCAAAGUUGCUGUCAUCUAAAUAAACACCAUGGGUUGAUUUUGCAGAAUGUCGUCAAGGGGUCCAGUCCUCCGUUUUCAGGUUUCCUGCUCGUAUCUCCAAAGGGUAACUGGAUCAAGUUGACUGCCAGAGACUUCCUUUAUAUUUUGCUUUGUUGCUCUGAAGUCAACUAUGGCUCGUGAAGAAGAGGAAGAGGAGCUGACAGCUGAUGGACCUAAGGAGGUGGACGUGUUUACAUCAGUACGUUGCCUUGGUUACCUGUCCGGUGUCAACCUCCUCUUGGCUGUGUGUGUUGGCAUGUAUGUACGAUGGGAGGUGACAAGCGAACCGAUGAUUCUUGUCAUCUUCAUCCUGGGUCUGUUUGUCCUGGGAAUUGCCAGCAUACUCCAUUAUUACUUUGCCAUGGAGAAGGCCAGCCUCAGCCUGUUUCACUUGUGGUUUGGUUUUCUGCUUGGCCUUUUGUGCUUCCUCAACAGCCCUGCUUUGGAUUUAAAUGUCAAGGAGCUUGUGGCCAACUAUCUGCUCCUAGCCUGCGUAGUCAUGAAAGCUGUAUGGGCUGUCACUGAGAGGAUAUGCAGUUCCAUCCGUUACAAACCCACCCUCCUCACAUCAGCUGAACUGCUGGAGCUCUUGGGAUUUGGCAUUGCCAGCACUACUAUGCUUCUUCAUAAGUCCAUGGCCAUAAUAGGGUUGGUAGUGGCCCUCGGAGCUCUUAUCGUGGACCUGAGGAUGAAAUCCCUCCUUGCCUUACCAAACCUGGUCACUUUUGCUUUGAUUACCUCUCUUGCAUUUUUUCAAGCCUUAGGUAUCACAGCCAACCCAUAUGCCUUAGGGUGUUACCUGGGUAGGUUGCUGUGUGAGCCGGUGAUGGAUGUGUACUUCAGUGGACUGGGGCCCAGCGAGCGCUGGAUGCCAGUGCUCUCUCUUGGGAAGGUGUGGAGGAGGCUUUCCCUGCUGCCUCUGAGUUUGACUGAGAUGGCCUUCUUUGUCUUCGCUGCCUUAAAGCUGGGUCAUUUGGAGCUGUGGUAUCUGGUCAUCCCAGGAUUUUGCCUGUUUGGUCUUUUCUGGUCCAUCUGCCACAUUAUUCUGCUAAUUACAAUAUGGGGAUUCCACACGAAAUUGACAGACUGUCAAAAGGCCUGGCGGGCCCAGCGAUCCAGUAGCAGGAGUCUGGACCAAGUCAUGGCCUCCAGAGGCAUCAGACACUUCUGCCUCAUUUCUGAACGGCUGGUGUUCUUUAGCAUCCUGUCGACAGUUAUACUCGGGGCUGUGUCUUGGCAGCCUUCCAGUGGUCUCUUUCUCAGUGCUUUGCUGGUGGUGCUGCCUUUGGAGUCUCUGACACAUGGUUUAUUCCACGAGUUGGGCAGCUGCCUGGGAGGAACAUGUGUUGGCUAUGCUCUGGUCAUACCUACUGCAUACUGCAGUGCUGAUGGCCAACCCACUCUGCUACCACCGGAGCAGGUCCAGCAGCUGAACAUGCGCUCUACAGGCAUGCUCAACAAUGUCCAGCGCCUCUUCUCCCAGCACAUGAUCCAGACCUUUGGCUGUGACUAUUCCACCAGUGGUGUUACAUUAGAGGCUGUGCUCAACAAGCUGCGCAGCUUUCUGGAGCUUCGUACGGCUGAUGGACCACGGCACGACACUUACCUCAUUUUCUACAGUGGGCACACGCACCGUGGCACCGGUUCCUGGGCUUUGGCGGGAGGUGAGAGUCUCCAUCUGGCCCAGUUGCUGGAGUUGUGGAAGGAGAAAAACGCAGGCCACUGUUCCCGUCUCAUCGUCGUCCUGGACACAGAGAACUCCCUUCCCUGGGUUAAGGAGGUGCGUAGGGUGGAGGGGGUCUACGUCGCCGUUCAGGGGGCCGAGCUGUCUCGGUUGGACCCUGAGGCCGGGGACACCCCAUUUCUCGGGGACUUCACUUCCGAAUGGGUGGAGUUCAACUGCAACCCAGACAGCGACACUCAGUGGUCGGAAAGGGGGCGGUCCGUGACUGCCGUCUACGGCGUGUCCAAGCGCUGGAGUGACUACACACUUCACCUGCCGACUGGAAGCGAUGUGGCCAAGCACUGGAAAACCCACUUUCCAAAGGCUACAUAUCCCAUGGUGCACUUGUCCAAUUGGUGCUGUGGCCUUAAUCUGUUCUGGUUGUGUAGCGUGUGCCUGCGCUGCUUCAGGAGGUGUAAACUAGCUUGGUUCCCACCGGCUGUACUGGACACGGGACAGGGUAUUAAACUGGUGCACUCUUAGAUAAUUGGGAAAGGUGCCAUGUGUAUUUUGACUCUGGUUUUUUGUGUUUAGUACCUGGAGUUUGCCAAUUACAAGUUGGAAUAUAAAGGGCGAAAAAGCAUUUGACCAUGAACAUGAGAACAUUUGGCUUUCAGUCAGAUGUUUUUGGGUUCCUCCAGGAUGUAUUUUUGCAGCACUUGCAAAUACGCCAAAAAAGAAAGAACUGGAAAUGCCAAAUGAGAUGGUGGAUGAAGAAAUGAAGACAUAAUGAUAAUUGUAAAAUUAUUUCAUUACAAUGGAGGUGGUAAGAUUAACCAAAGUUUGUGUUUUCAAUUACUUCAUCAUAUUUUAGUACAGAUUAUUGUAUGUUUUUGAAUAUUAUUUUGCCAUCACAACAUUAUUCAUUUUUGGUUAAGGUUUCAGAUUUUUUUUUUUUUAUAUUACAUUUUAGAGUAAUCCAAUGCCUUCGAGUGCCUUAAAGAUGUACUCGGGAUUAUCCUUAAUGGAAUGCCUGACUUCCUAGAGGUUAUAUACCUUUACCUUUCCUGUUAUUUACAUUUAGCAGAUUUACUCGACUCUAAAAAGUGAACUGGGAGAGGUCCGGUGUCUUCCAAAGCUGUCAAGCAUGUAGGUGAGAUGACUGUUCGAGGGUGAAACCUGUGGCCUUCGGGUUACCAGACAUUUUAACCACAAUACCCACCUGUCAUUCUGAUGUAGGGAUCUUUUCGUCUUCACUUCAACUAUUCAGAUACGCCUUUAUUCCUGAAAUGAACAAAGAUGCUGGGGGGAAGACCUCUCAUUACCACACUGCUCGUGUCUUAUUCCCUGUCUUGUAUAAGUCAAAAACAUAAUUUGUCGCAAACACAAAAAGCACCCAUCGCUGCUUAAACUGUGACCUUAAACUCUGAUGUUUACCAUCUUUUCUAUUUUAUUUGCUAUGUUGCAUCUUUCACCCACACAUCCCUACACUCUGAAAUAUUUUUGCUGCCUUCUUUGCUUCACUGCGACGUUUCCGAGUGUUAUUUUCCACAUGUCAUUACCCAUGUGCCUCACUUCGUUGGAUGAUCCCCUUCCAUUUUGCUCGAACUAAUGUUGUAUCUGAAAAUGUCAGAAUUAAACUCUGAAUAAACAAAUGAAAUAGC